AUAAUCCCGAGCCUGUAAAUAUUUAAUUAAUUUAAUUCUUUAUUUAUUUAUUCAUGUUUGUAAGUAUUAUUAUAUAAUUACCUCCAUUACAAGAUGAAAUAGAGCUAUAGGAUCUUCUCUUUUUACACUUAAAGAGCAUGCUAUCGAGUUAAGAGCUCGACUAAGAUCUACAGGAGAUGGUCCUUGCUCUUCACGAGUAUGAACCAUUACAGGAACUUUUUGACAAACCUGAGGAUAGAGAGGUUCCACAGCUACCCUGUAAUAUAAAUUAUGGAAUAUUAAUAUUUUUUAAUCCUUCAUUUGUUUUUACUUUAACCUGGAAUAAAUUAGUGAUUAUGUCCAGCAUAUGUAAUUUAGAAUUUUUGACAAUUAGAUCAUGUGUUUUCAAAAAUAUCAAAAGUAUGUUACUAUUCCUAUAGAAUCAAACUCUGUCUAUAAAUCUUCUUACGUCAAACAUGAGAUUACUCCACAAAAGAAACCACGUGUGAAUAGAAAAUGGGUUACAUAUGGAAAGCUAGAUUUAAAUACAGUUAAUAAAAUUACAUAUCAGUGGCCACAAAUAGUAGAAAAAUCUAAACGGUUUUAUCCUAGAUCUCGUUUAAGAUGUGAGCCAACUCCAAUUGAAUUUAUUACAAUCUACAUGAACUCUUUUUCUAAUCCUGGACAAAUAAAAACGGUCAAAAGCUUAAAGCCUAAAGAAAUUGAAAAGAAAUAUUUAGUUUCUGUACCAAUGGAAAAUACGACAGUUAUGAAAGAAUCUUACGUUCCAUAUAAACAAAAAUUCAUGCCUAAAGGAGAUAAGAAAAUCCAAACUCAAAAAUAUGAUGUGAAAAAAUGGCCAAGUAAUUUUAAGCCUGAUUUUCAGACGAUUUAUAGAGAAUCUUAUAAACAAUUUAAUGUAAAAUCUAUGAAAGUUCAUUGUCCUCAAUAUAAGCCUGGCAAAGUUUCAUCGAAAAUGAGUAGUAAUACGAUUUACAGUACUAGUUACGGACUAGGUUCUUUAAAACAAGAACCAAGGACACAAACAACUUCUCCAUAAUCUUGCAUGAUGUGUAACAUUUCUCUUGUGACUGUAGUAUUGCAGUCUGUAAAUAACGAUACUAAUAAGGGC